AGGCCGAAAGUAAAAGGGAAGCAAUUCUCGACAUCCCCGUAUUCCAAACUCGUGGGAAAUCGAGCCAAACUCGCUGCAAUCCUACCACCUUGUGUGUCUGUCUGUCCCACCGCAUCACCGUUAAGGGUUAUCAUUAGGCUUCGGACGUCGUCUCCCUCCAGUUUACUCGGCUUCCCUUCUCAAAGUCCUCGACACCAUGGCUGCCAUUACCAUGGCCACCCUCGACGGGGACAUUUGUCCCGUCUGCAAGUCAGACAGAUACUUGAACCCGCAUAUGAAGCUCCUUGUCAGUCCUUGUUUCCACAAAAUGUGCGAAACGUGCAUCAACCGACUCUUCUUGCAAGGCGCCGCACCAUGUCCUAUCUGCAAAGCCAUCUUGAAAAAACAAAACUUUGUCGCACAAACGUUUGAGGACUUGUAUGUGGAGAAGGAGGUGCAAAUCCGGAAGCAGAUUGCAAGAAUAUAUAACAAGCGGUUAGAGGACUUCAAGGGCAAUUUGAAAGCGUUUAACGACUAUCUGGAAGAAGUAGAAGAAAUCCUGUUCAAUCUGAUAAACGAAGUAGAUGUGAAAGAAACGCGAGAACGCGUGAAGAAGUACGAAGCAGAAAACAGGGAUACCAUAUCGGCAAACAUCCAAAAGCAGAUCAUCGAGGAUCGGACGGUGCAAGGUCGAUUAGAGCGCGAGAAGAAAGAAAAGAUUAUUCGACGAGAGACCUACGAGCAGGCGAUCAUCGAGGACGCUAGAGUGAAGAAACAAGCCAAGGAUGAUAUCAUCAAUCGACUCGCGGACGAAGAUACAGCAGCAAGCGACGUGAUUGCCAAUGCACAAGCCAACCGUCCGCGGGCAGUCGAUAUUGAUCAGCUGCUGCAACAACGCUUGCCUGCCGCAUUUGUGGAGUCUGAAAUAAACAGCUAUGAAGAGAUGGAUGAGGAAGAAACGAGACCGUUUGAUCCGAUGGAUUACAGUUACUCGCUACCUUCCUAUACGACGGUUAAGGAUGCCUACUACGACCCAUGGCAACGACAUCUGCACUGGGAGGAUCCCGAAAAGGCAACCAAGCUGAAAGCAAGCGGCUUCACCUCCAAGUUUGUGUACCAACGCGCCGUGUUCUCGGCGUUCAAUGGGAUCUUUGCCGGACUAUGAUCCUAGGGGGCACAUAUGAGGACUCUCAGUGGCUCGACGGCGGUUCAUAGACGGGUUGCCGUAUAAGGUGGCAUCGGUACGCCUCGGAGCCGCAUUUUUGGCUAGAGUUAGUUCUACUAUUAGCAAAGCAACGCGGCGUGCCGGACCUUUUGGAAAACCCUCAUAUCACUAGCAGGGUAGCUCUCCCACCAUCCCCGUCUCCGUCAAGAAGCACCAGACUGCACAUUGCUCGUCUCAAAGUAGAAUAAACA